AAAAAAAACCUUCCUUCCUUCCUCCUUCCUCCUUCCUCUUACCUUCGCAGUAGAGACAGAAUUACGGUCGAUAGCUCUCUGUAUUCUAUCCUUUUCAUGCUCUUUUUUAUGGCUCACCAGCCGCCUUCCAUUCUAAUAUCAACACGUUCGUAAAACAGUUCAAAACCAGAUUCGUCUCCUCCCCCUCCGCUUCUUUCGUCCCCUCGCACGACCAGCUGUUCACCCUCGAUGGAAAGACAUCAAAUGCUGUUCCCGUCGUCGACGGGUGCGAUGGCCUUCCCGUUCGCGUUCGAUGCGGGAGGCGCCCGUGUCCAGAGCGCCGGCUUCGGCGGCGAUCUGAUGAGCUCGUCGAUGCAUGGAUUCUUGGGAUUGAAAGGCGCCGAGGACAGCGGGAUAGUCCCGAGAUCGAAGGCCGAGUUUGAUGCUGCUCACGGGAGCUCGGCAUGUGAGGGCGGUGAGAAAAUGGGGAAGAAGAAGGGGGAGAAGAAGAUCCGGCGGCCGAGGAUCGCUUUCCAGACCCGGAGUCAAGUGGACAUAUUGGACGACGGUUAUCGAUGGAGGAAGUAUGGACAAAAAGCAGUCAAGAACAACAGAUUUCCCAGAAGCUAUUAUCGCUGCACGCACCCGGGAUGCAACGUGAAGAAGCAAGUCCAGAGGCUAGCCAAAGAUGAGGGCGUAGUGGUGACCACCUACGAAGGGACUCACACCCAUCCCAUCCAAAAGUCGACCGAGAACUUCGAACACAUCUUGAGUCAGAUGCAGAUCUACCCUCCCUAUUAAGAACCUGCUCAUUAUUAAAACCUACUUUAUCGUGUCUUGUUGCAUGCACACUGUAAAGAGAACUUGCACAAGCUCAUGCAUCACCAUCACCAUCAUCAUCCUCCAGUGAAAAAAUAAAUAAAGUGUUGAGAAAUCGAUGAACAAUCGGAGGGGCCACAGGAUUUCUUAUACAUGUGUUGGGGUUUGCAUUCAUUGUAAACUGUUUUUUUCCCAAUUAUUUACAAAUUAUACAAAGUGAUUUCUAGGAUAGAUUACUCAAAAAAAAAAAAAUUCAAUUCUUCCCUUUGCCAUGGGCUAGUAAAUUGGUUUGGUAAGAUAUCCUUAACUAGGG